AGCAGGAGCAGGAGCAGGAGGAGGCUGAGGCGGAGGCCGGCGAGGCCCAGGAGGAGGCCGCGGGAGUCCGGGACAUCGUGACGGCUCCGCAGUACAACCUGCUGGGCUCCUUCCUGGAGAUCCUUGGAGAUACUGGCUCCAAGCAGUCGACGCAGUCAGACGGCUCCGAAAACGUCGACUUGGCCCAAGUCCAUCCUGACAAACAGAUGAAAUCCUCGGGCGAGCUGGGUACGGGAAUGGAGCCCGAGCAGCAGGACACACUGGAGCAGGAAGGAAGAGACCAGGGUCAGAAGCAGGGAGGUGCCAGAGGAGAAAGGGGGAGCACGAGGCCCAGAAAGGGCAUAUCCUACUUGGACGGUGACCAAGACACGCAAUUCCAGACCAGAGCAGGGUACUCCAGGGAGUCCCUGGUGUCCAGGUCCACAGAGGACACUUUGUUCCAGAAGGAUGAGGGUGCCCAGGUGUACCCCUUGGCCCUGAACUGGUCGUUCGGGUGGAACAGCUCACUUCCUGUCUUCUACAUCCGGGAGAGGAACCAGAGGGUCCUGCUGUACGCGUGCGGCCACACGGCUGUCAUCUACAACGUCGCCAAGAACACGCAGCACCACCUGCAGGGCCACCCUAACGUCAUCUCCUGCCUCUGUGUCAGUGAAGACCGGCGGUGGAUCGCCACGGCAGACAAGGGGCCUGGCUGCCUGAUAAUCCUAUGGGACUCGUUCACAGGCAUCCCCGUGCACACCAUAUUUGACAGCUGCCCGCAAGGCAACGGCAUCAGGGCCAUCGCCAUCAGCCGCGACGCCAAGUACCUGGCCACCAUCUCCGACGCCGAAGUCCAGGAAGUGAGCAUCUGGAGGUGGACUCUGGCGGUGGAGACGCCCGCGUGCACCCUCAAGCUCCCCAGAGAGUACGGAUCCCAGAACUACCUUACUUUUAAUCCAGCAAAUAAUAAAGAAUUGGUGAGCAACAGUAAAACACAGACAAUAUACUAUUGGUGGCAUGAAGAGAGAGACACACUUGUUCACAGUGCCCCGCUUUUAACGGAAAAUACGUUCAACAAGCUGGUGGGGAAGUUCAGCCAGUCCAUCUUCCACCCAAACUCGAGCCAGAUUCUCUCCGCGACGCUGGAGGGGAAGCUGGUGGUCUGGGACAUCCAGCGCCGCCCCACGCCGGCCCCGGGCUCUGCCGAUGGCCCCUCCAUCAAGCCCUGCAAGCUGGUUCACCUGCAGAAGGAGGCAGUCAGCGUGCUCACCGUGGCUGACGGCUACAUCGUCACGGGGGAUGUGAAGGGCCACAUCAAGUUCUACGAUCAGACCCUAUCCAUCGCUCACUGGUACAGCCACCUCCAGCUGAGCUGCAUCCGGACCCUGUCCUUCUCGCAGAGUGCGGCCAGCAUGCACCAGAGCGCAAACUUCCCCCCGGACUGCACCCUGAAAGGUGACCUUUUUGUCGUCAGGAAUUUCAUCAUUGCAACAUCUGAUGCCACGGUGUACCACUUAACGACAGAUGGCACCAGACUCGAGAAAUUGUUCGUGGAGCCCAAGGACGCCGUUUGCGCCAUCUCCUGCCACCCAUACCAGCCGCUGCUGGCUGUGGGCAGCGUCUGUGGGCUGAUCAAGGUGUGGGAUUACCAGCGGAAGAGGUACCUGUUCAGCAGGGUCUUCGACAAGGGGCUCGGCGUGCAGAGCCUGACCUACAACCCUGAAGGGGCCCUGCUGGGAGCUGGCUUCACCGAGGGGACGGUGUACAUUCUCGAUGCGAUGUCUCUGCAGAAUGAGACCCCGGAGCCUUUCAAAUACUCCAGAAGCAGCGUGACGCACGUCAGCUUCUCCCACGACUCCCAGUACAUGGCUACUGCCGACCUGAGCUUCACCGUGGCCGUGUACACCGUGGUGGUCCGCGGCGGGCGCAGGCUCUGGGAGUACCUGGCCAGGCUCCGCUCGCACCGCCAGAGCAUCCGCAGCCUCCUGUUCGGGGUUUACCUGGACAGCAACGAGCCGCGACUGCUGAGCCUCGGCAAAGACAGGCUGCUGAUAGAGUACAACCUGAGUCGGAGCCACAAGGACCACCUGGAAGUCCUGGACAUCCACCGCACCGACCAGGGCCACCACCCGACCUGCAUGGUGUGGUACCCGCCCCUCACCAAGGAGCUCUUCCUGCUCGUCUGCAACAGCGGCUACAAGGUGAAGCUCUUCAACUCCACCACCAAGAUGUGCAGGAAGACGCUGCUCGGGCCGGCGUACGGGUCUCCUAUCGAGCAAGCGCAAGUCCUCCCCGUGAGAACGGCCCCAGAGCUGCAGAAGCGCUACCUGGUGUUCAUUAACAGAGACAAGGUGGGGCUGCAGAUUCUACCGGUGGAUGGCAACCCGCACAAGACGUGCGCCAUGGUCUGCCACCCGAACGGCGUGGCGGGGCUGGCCCUGUCCUACGACGGCCGCUUCGCCUUCACGGCGGGAGGACAGGACCGCUCGGUGGUGCAGUGGACGAUCACCCUGAGCGCCCUGGACGCCGCCGUUUCUCUUGGGGGUGAAGACUUGACCCCGUUCUACGGCCUGGUGCCGGGCGGCAGGGAAGGAAGAUUCUACAGGGAGCUGGAAGAUUACUUCUUCUACUCGCAGAUCCGCAGCCAGGGCAUCGACACCAUGGAGACCAGGAAGGUGUCCGAGCACAUCUGCCUGGCCGAGGUCCCGUUCGUCAUGCGGGCGAUCGGCUUCUACCCAUCCGAGGAGAAGAUCGAGGACAUGUUUAACGAAAUCAGAUUCAGCGAGUACGCGGACACGGGGAAGCUGAUUGACAGGAUCAACCUGCCCGACCUCCUCAAGGUGUACGUCAACCACAGGCCGCCCUUCGGCAACACCCUGCGCGGCCUCCGCCAGAGCUUCGCCGUGCUGGGCACCCCCAACGAGCAAGGCGAGAGUGUGGUGCGCAGGGACGCGCUUCUGCAGCUGCUGCUCACCAGAGGUGAGCACAUGACAGAGGAGGAGAUGACUGACUGCUUCGCCACGCUGUCGGGCCUGAACCCUGAGGGCUGGAAAUCCGAGCCUGCAGCCUCGGCCUGCAGAGGUUCAGAAAUCAGUCUCGAAGAGGAACUUCCAGACGAAAUCACUGCGGAAAUAUUCGCGAGCGAAGUUCUCGGCCUCACCAUCUCGGAAGACCCUGGGGAGGACGGCCCGUGAGGCUGGGGACGUGUUCGGGCACAAAGGGCGCUGUGUGCGCCGGCCCGCCUCGCGCCCCGCUCUCACCCUGCCCACUUCAGACAUUAAAGCAGAUUUCUGGAAGCCGAGGAGCUGGGGUGCUGGGUGCACAGCCCGGGCGGGUGGCCAGGACCUUCUGGUGACGCGUGUGGCCCAGAGGCCCUGUGUCACUGGCCCUUUCUGUUGUGAGGUUGGGGUGGGAGCCCGGUGGCCUGGGCUCCACAGCACCUUCUUGGGGGGCCCCCAGCAGCUGCGUGUAACCGUUAGGACAAGCACCACCGGCCAAGCCUGACCCCGGUGACAGCCGCCUCGGAGAGGGCAGAGCCUGUGCCGCACCUGGCCCAGAAGCCACACGCAGCCCCCUGCGUCCCACAGAGGCCAGCACCUCCUCACAGCACGGUGACCUCGCCACCCACACCCUGCUGGGCUGCAAAAGAUACAGCGGGCAAAAUCAGGGGCCAGUGCCCCAGCUCUGAAUGUUCAGGGAACGUUGCCACCAAGUUUAGGGUGUGUGUGUAUGUAUGUAUGUAUUUAUCAGAUGGUCCCAUUAUGUAAGUCAGACUGGCCUUCAACUCACUAUGGAGUCCAGGGUGCACUCAAACUCAGGGAGAUCCUCCUGCCUCAGCCUGCCAACUGCCGGGAUCAUAGGCAUGUACCACCACACCUGCAAAUAUAAAAGCUCUUCAGGACCUCAUCUCCA